AUGAGCGACGACACCAUCAGACCUGAUGAAUGCGACGACGAGACGAGCCGUAUAUAUUCGAGCAAUGUCCACUCCAACAAAGUACAUCUGCAGUUACAACCGAAAAAUGCUCAGCCUUCGAGGUUGCGAAUUGAAGUUCAAGACAUGCACGCGGAGUACCUCGAUCACGUCUCCGCAGGCUGUCUCCCUCCGAGUCAUGAUUCGAUUAUCUACAGUUGGAUCCCGCCUCAGUGCGGUUGCUGCCGCCAUAUCCAUGUCGAAGAAUGCGAAAGACCUUACUGUUAUAGCCAUUACAGCAACGGCUGGGCAUACACGACACCCCGGGGGCACCGCUUCCUCCCGUCCUUACGAUCUUUCACCUCGACAAUACGUCCUUCCAACCAAGUCGACCGCUCCCCUCUCUCUGGUUACUCAGCCCUGCCGCACGUCGAGCAUCUCAAGACGCUGAAACAUGUAGGGAAGAAGGAGCCAAAGAGAAUCUCCGUGGGGAAGGUGGAUCGACCCUUAGGGCAUGUCUCUACGAGUAGUAUCUCGGCUGUGCGGUCUACUACCAUGGAGAAAGACAUUGACGGCACCAUCGAGCAAGUUAGUUCGGUACUCAAUGUAACUCGGAUCUAG